UGUUGAUCUGUGAUCUACAGGGUGGUCUGAAUCUGAAAGCCUGAGCUCGAUUGCUUCUGUCUCCACCCACAUGGCUGCUGAAUAAAAUCCCUGGUUUUCCUCAUUAGACUGAAGUUCUCUCUGAGGAAACUUCACCUCCUCACUCUCCUGAUUGUUUCUCCAGGUGUUUCAGAUCUACAGUUUGAAGACGAGUGGUGAAGUGCAGGAGCUGACAGACGCUGCAGAAACACAUGCUGAUUGGAUCAAAGCUCCACUGAGAGGAGAAAUGGCGCAGAAAAGAGUAAAACUGGACCGAGAAACCUUCUCUUGUUCCAUCUGUCUGGAUCUACUGAAGGAUCCGGUGACUAUUCCCUGUGGACACAGCUACUGCAGGAACUGUAUUAGAACCCACUGGGAUUUGGAGGAUGGAAAGGAAAUCCACAGCUGCCCUCAGUGUAGGCAGACCUUUAGACCGAGGCCAGUCCUGGUGAAAAACACCAUGUUAGCAGAUUUAGUGGAGGAACUGAAGAAGUCUGGACUCCAAGCUGCUCCUGCUGAUCACUGCUAUGCUGGACCUGAAGAUGUGGCCUGUGAUGUCUGCACUGGGAGAAAACUGAAAGCCCUCAAGUUCUGUCUGGUCUGUCUGGCCUCUUACUGUAAGAAACACCUGCAGCCUCAUUAUGAAUCACCCACAUUUAAAACACACAAGCUGGUGGAGCCCUCCAAGAAGCUCCAGGAGGUGAGUCAAAAAAACAUCCAGCAGAGAAUCCAGGACAGAGAGAAAUAUAUGAAGGUGCUUCAGCAGGAGGUGGAGGUUAUCAAUGGCUCUGCUGAUAAAGCAGUGGAGGACAGUGAGAAGAUCUUCACCGAGCUGAUCCGUCUGAUGGAGAAAAGAAG